AUGACCAAUGCACAGAUGUCCGACCAUCUGCGGCUUGCCUGCAACUCCUUCAGUGGUAUCAUACAACUAGUGAGCCCCAACGACAAUGCUGAAUUGCUCCACCAGCACGUGGCCAAGAGCAUUGCCAGCCACUACGGGGCAAACUAUCUGCACCUGGACAGAAUGGACUUCAGGGGGCAAGUGGGUGAUGAUUGGGCAGAGAUGCAUUCUCAAGGUCCACCACCGGAGUCCGUGAGAAUGCAUGGACCUUUGAAAGACAUGAGAGCAGAAAUCAACUUCCAGGUCAUCUCACUUUCGGGAGAUGAUGGUCCUUCCAUGGCGCCGGAAAAACCAGAUCGAUUUGAUGAGAUCUUAUCUAGUGUCCGGAAUGUGCUCAUGAAGGCUCCGCGCCCCGUACCCUCAGCCGAAAAUGUGAUGGAAUCGCCAGUGGUCAAACCGACUGUCAUCUACUUCGACGGCUACCAAGACAUAGUUAACAUAAGCGAGCGCCGGUUCAGGAAACUCAAUGCCUUCAUCUCUAAGCUAAGACAAGAGAGUUUCUCCCCAGUGAUCAUA